AAAAUGUGUAUAUAAAGAGAGAGGGAGAGCGUGAUCAGGCUUAGCUCUACUUCUGUUGUCUCUAUUCGUCAAUGAUGUUGCGUCAUGCUAUUUUCGUUUGGAUUACACUUUUAAGCCUUUAUCAGUUUGCAAGUACCUUUCCAGGUCGUAGACCAUAUCGGCCAGAAUCGUCCGGAGAAUAUACAAAGGAAGAGCUAUUAUGGAUUCGUUAUUUUUUAACUUUGAUGAGACCGUUUCUUCCAGCGGCGGCGAAUACCAGCAGUGAUUAUUUCGCGGAUGAGAAUAUGAUGAAUUUGGUAAAAGAUCCAGAAUUGGAAGGUUGUAUUAGAAAACUAUUUUUGGUUGAUCAUAACUAUGAUUAACCGUAGCAAAGAGUUAUUUGAAAUUAACAUCUUAAAAUAAUAUGCUUUUUGGAUGAAUAUAUGUAUUCAGACUUAAUUUUACCCUGCAGUGAAUAUUUUCUUUGAUUUUCUUUCUUUGUUUUCUUUCUUUUUUAACAAAUAUGUAAUGAAUAAAACUGUGAUUAUUUAUAUAUAUAACCAAAGAAAUUCAAUUUAAUUGUAUUUCUGAGAUUUCAGAGUCAGUUUGUUUGCUUUCUAGGGAAAUUUUAAGUGGGAAUUUCUUUUCAGUUAACUCUAG